UAUCAAAACUUCUUAAUUGCAACCCACCAUUUUCUGACAAAUCGAUCUUCUCCUGCUCACUUUGAUUCCUUCUUCGUCUUCUUCUUGUUCUUCUCCACCUCCUCAAUCGCUAUCUUCUAAUCCCCUUCUUCGAUUGCGUUUUUUCACUUUUCAAGUUCAUUUUUCCACUGGGAACUUCUGCCCCUUUUCUUCUCUUCGCCGCGUCCGUCGUCUGUGUGGGUUUUUCUCGAUUGUUCUUGCACUUUCUUUCUGGGUUCUUUUCGUUUGUUUCAAGCCUUGAAUUUUAUUGAGAUCAGAGUUAUCCGUUCGGUUAUGGCCACAGAGGAAGAUCUUCAUCUGUCGACUUUGAAAACUCAGCUCAGUGAAACGAAUGAAACUUGGAAGCAUGAAAUGGAACAGCGCCAAUCAGAAGUAGAUGUGUUGCAAGCAAAGCUUAUGGAGGUAAAGGCUUCCAUAGAAGGUUCUGAGGAAGAUUCGAGAAAGGAGCUUGAGGUUCUCUGGCGAAGAGUUAAGACAACUAGUACAUUGUUGACAUAUUUGAAAUCGAAAGCUAGAAUGUUGGCAGUUCCCCAUUUGGCUCACUCUUCAUGUGGUAUUAAACAUUUAGAAGGGGUGGGGUUUGUCGACAAAAGUGGAACACCACUGUCUGGCUGGUCUAAAAGUAUUGAUCUUUCUUCAUUUGGUGGUCCUGAAGAGGAAUCUUUGAUUGGUAUUGGCAAGCCAUGUGGUUUAUUAGAUGAACAAGAUGCAGCGUAUAUCGGUCAAAUACUCAAGUCUGUUCAGAUGGUUUCAGAUGUAAUGGAAGCACUUGUCAAGAGGGUUAUUUUGGCAGAAUCGGAAACUGCUGAGGAGAAGGAAAAGGUAUGUUUGGGUCAGGAGGAAAUUAAAAGGAAAUCAAUGCAGAUUGAGAACAUGUCCUCAAAACUAGAGGAAAUGGAACAAUUUGCUGUGGGUACCAAUGGCAUUCUAAACGAAAUGAGGCAGAGAGUUGAGGAUCUGGUUGAAGAAACGUGUAGGCAGAGGCAAAGAGCUGCUGAAAAUGAGCAGGAGCUAUGCCGGGUUAAGCGGGACUUUGAGUCUUUGAAAUCAUAUGUUAGUAGUCUCAUUACUGUUAGAGAAACGCUUUUGUCAUCAGAAAAACAGUUUCAGACAAUUGAGAGGCUGUUUGAACGGCUAGUUGCUAAGACAACCCAGUUGGAGGGUGAGAAAAUGCAGAAAGAAGUAGAAGUCCAGAAACUUAUGGAGGAAAAUGUGAGGUUGAGUGCCCUUCUUGACAAGAAAGAGGCUCAACUUUUAGCCAUGAACGAACAAUGCAAGGUAAUGGCCUUGAGUGCUUCACAUAUUUAAUCCAAACACUUGUUCUCCUUGCUCAUCAGCCCGCAUAGCAACGCUUCAUCUCGGUUCACGAUCCUGGGCCGAGCAAGCUUUUGGCGACCAUGGAUGGAGGCAAGUAUCAGGUAUUCUUGCAUAGAAAUGUAUUUGUGAAAACCCUUGUGGACUUUAUUGUGUAGUUCCAUAGUUUUAGUUGUUCCAUCUGCUGCUACGGGGAGAACUCACAAGGUUUUUCAUUUUCUUCAUUGAAAUUUAAGCUUGGUUUGUGAAUCGUUCCCAACUUUAGAGAUGUGUAUGUAUGGUUAAAAAAAUCCUUAUAACCAAGUUUUUUUUUAUUACAAGGGAGUUCGAACCACGAUUUUUUAGUCGA